CUCUUCAAUCCCACUCACUCACUUUCACUCACUCACUCACUCUCACACUAACUAAGAAACAAAAAAUAAAAAAAGAGCACAACAAACAACUACUCUAGAACCCUCCGCAAAGAAAAAAAAAUGCAACCCCACCAGAACCCCUCCGCACUGGAUUCCGACCCGCAACUCCCGCAGAUCAAAAUCCACCACCCGUCCUCCCCGCGCCACCCCGCCUCGGCCGCCACCCCGACUCCCACCGCCGGGGCGCGCCGCAAAAUCGGCGUGGCCGUGGACCUCUCCGACGAGAGCGCAUACGCGGUGCGCUGGGCCGUGCAGCACUACAUCCGGCCCGGGGACGCCGUGAUCCUGCUGCACGUGAGCCCGACGAACGUGCUGUUCGGCGCGGACUGGGGCUCCAUCGACCUCUCCAUCAACACCGACCCCAACUCCGACGAGGAGGCCGUCAGCGCCGUCAACAGCAACGACCACAGCUCCAAGCGCAAGCUCGAGGACGACUUCGACGCCUUCACGGCGUCCAAGGCCGCGGAUCUCGCCAGGCCCCUCCGCGAGGCGCAGAUUCCGUUCAAGAUCCACAUCGUGAAGGACCACGACAUGAAGGAGAGGCUCUGCCUCGAGGUCGAGCGCCUCGGCCUCAGCGCCGUCAUCAUGGGGAGCCGC